AUGGCCUUUCUAGGCCUCUCUGCGAGUGUGUGGAUUGCGUUAGCCUUGGGCCUAUAUGCUGUCGCCUCUUCUUCCACGCAGGCCAGGAGGUUGAGAAAUAUUCCGGGGCCUUGGGUUUACGCCGCGACGCGAUUCCGGUUGAGCUUGGAUGCAUGGCGAGCUCGUUCCGUGCACGCUGUGCUUGGGAUGCACAGGCAGUAUGGGCCUGUCGUCCGCAUCGGGCCCAACGAGGUCUCCUUCAAUAGUCUCUCGGCGCUACGAACCAUAUACGGUGCCGGCAGCGGCUUUGAGAGGACGUCCUUCUACCGCAUGUUUGAUGUAUACGGUCAGAAGAAUCUCUUCACAUUCGAAUCGGGAAAACUCCACCGCGAGCGAAAGAAGCUGGUCAGCCACAUAUAUGCAAAUGCGGUGGUUCUGGGACCUGAAUUUUCCGCCAUGGUCCAGACGAAGGUGGCAGAAUUCAUCUCACUCAUCCACAGAGAGCCAGAUCAUGCAAGUGAGAUUUUCCGAAGUUUGCACUAUUUCUCCUUUGAUGCCAUCUCGGAAUUCGUCUAUGGCCCCGACCAUGGUGGUACUACAGCUUUGUCUGGGUGUAGGAAAUCUCAAGGGCUCAUCGCAGACAUUCUAAACCCAGCGCGGAGGAGGCUGGCGUGGUUUGCGAUUCAUUUUCCAGCUUAUACCAGAUGGAUCACCACCCGCACCGGAGUAUUGGAACGAGUUCUGACUUCGCUUGGCUUGAUGCCGAUGAAGAAGCCGUUUACUUACUCUGGAAUUCGCCAACAUGCUUUGGAAGCGUUUUACAGCUUUAAGGGUGCGCCGGCUGAGGUGCAGACCAAGGCUGCUGAGAACACCGUCAUUGGCCGCUUGUUCAAGGUGCGGAAAGAGGCCAAUCUGUCGGAUAUGGAUAUUGCUUCUGAGUGUGCUGACCAUCUUCUUGCCGGAAUCGACACGACGGCCGACACGUUGAUGUUCUUGAUCUGGGCCAUUUCGUUGCCUCAGCACCAGCAAUACCAAGACAAGCUGAGAGACGAGGUGUCGCGUAUCUCGGUCGACGACAAUGGCAUGCCAGCGCCGAAAGACUUGACUCGAUUACCUUACCUAAACGCGGUUGUGAGAGAGACUCUACGACUGUAUUCACCGCUGCCAGCGUUCGAACCACGACAGUCCCCGAUCGACACGAUCAUUGACGGGUAUGAGAUCCCGGCAGGCACCGUGGUUGGCAUGUCACCAUUCUGCCUGCAUAGAGAUGAGACUGUGUUCCCUUCACCGCUACAUUUCAAUCCUGAACGAUGGUUGACGGACUCCGGUGCGCUUGUUCCCGAAGCAGAUCUCAGGAAUCGCUAUUUCUGGGCCUUUUCCAGUGGUGCUCGCAUGUGUAUCGGGAUGCACCUGGCGAAUGCCGAAAUGUUGACACUAGUUGCUGCAUUGUACCGAGAGUUCAGGACAUCAACAAAACACCCGGACACGUCGCCAGGUAUCACAAGCAGGUUCGAAGUGUUUUUUGAUGAAACGAUGCCGAAGAUGGUGGAGCAUGAGUGCUGGAUUGAUUUCGCAAGUCUUGAGGUUGGCAACACGACAUAA